AUGUCUUGUUUAGAAGAUUUACCCGAUUUGGCAAUAUUAGAAAUAUUUGGGUAUUUGAAAUCAACAGAAAUUAUUUUGUCCUUUUUUGACUUAAGUGAACGUAUCAAUAAUUUGUUGAUUGAGAAACAUUAUUUUGAGGAUGUUUGUCAUUUACCAUUGAAAAUAUUCAAUUAUAUGUGUAAUGAUAUUUUUCCAAAAAUGGGUAGAGACAUGUUUUCAUUGAAAUUAAGUGAUCAAAUUUCUUGUGGUCAGCUGGAAAUCAUGAAACAACACCACUUCUGUGAACUAUUACCCAAUGUAACGUCGUUACAAUUGUAUGUAGUCAACGUUCAUUCAUUAAAAUACUAUUUUGACAUAUAUUUAGCUCAAUUACAUUGUUUAACGAUUGAAUAUGAUGGAACUAAAGUACCACGUGUAUUAGGAGACUCACUGUUUAAUAAAAAGACACAUUUGAACAGUUGUAUACUUAUUGGUAAUGUAGGCAUUCAUUUUCGUCAUAAUGAAAUUCAAAAAUGUUUUAUUCAAAAUUUAACAUUACGUUUAGAUACAAUUAUUGAUCUUCUGCUUCUAUUUGAUAAUCUACCAGUUCUAAAACGUUUAAAUGUCAAAUUCAACCAAAAAUCUUUAGAUUAUAAUGAUCGAAAUAUUCGUAUUAUUGAUACAUACGAUUAUUCAUCAUUACAAAUCAAACUUCCUCAUCUACAUGAUUUUACAUUAAAGACAAACUACAAUUUAACUUAUGAAAUUUUUGAGAUGAUUAUUAAAAAUUUGAAAUAUUUAAAACGUUUACAUCUUUCCUAUACGAACUAUGCAGAACAUGGAAUUACGGAAUCGUGCCUUCGAAAUACAUUAUCCCAUUUAAAAAACUUAACAGAAUUAAAUCUUCUUUUACGAAUUAUUUAUUUUUCAAUUGAUUAUGAUAAAUUGAAGAGUAAUGAUGAUGAUAAAUGGAAAUUCUAUUUUUCUAUUAAUGAAACUCAAAAAGAAUAUGUGCUUUAUACAAUGCCCUAUUUUAAUUCAACAUUUUCAAUGUCAUUCGAUAUGUUAUUAAAUACUCCUAAUUCACAUAUAUUUUAUUCUGUUAAAAAACUUAAUUUAUCCAAUCACAAUGAACAAAUUUCAUUUUCUCAAAUAGCGCAUAUUUUAAAUAAAAAAUUUCCGAAUUUAACUUGUCUUACAUUUGGUUAUGUGUUAAAAUUAUCCGAUAGUGGAUUAUUAUCAAAUAUCAAAUUAAAUAAAGUAAUGAACGUUGAUUUUAUUCAUAAUACAAAAUAUUUUCAACAAUUUAUUUUAUUGUUACCAAAUUUGAAAGAAUUAAAGGUUAGUUAUAGUUGUCUAGUGAAAUGUAAUGGUCUUGAACAAAUAUUUAAUAAAAUUCGUCGAUUAGAGUUAUUUAACUAUGAAUUUAUCACGUUAAUUACUGUUCUAUCCCAUUUUUUAUCGUUAGAAUGUUUGUCAUUACAUUUAGACAAAGUUGACAAUCAUAUGGAAAAAGAAGAGAAGUACAGAAUAUUAUAUCAAAUAGUAGAUGGUAUGAAAACUUUGUACAGUCUAAAAAUUAGUAGUAAUUAUCAAGAAUUUCUAUACUAUUUAUACAAAAUGUUUUCGAUUAAUUCUCAUAUGAUUGUUAAUCUAUAUGAUCAAACAUUGUCUAUAUGGAAAUAA